UCCAGCACGCGACCAUGAAGGCCCCGACUACCGCUGCUCUGCUCGUCGCUCUUACCGCAACGGCCGCCCAGGCUCGUCCGGUUGUCGACGAUCGGUAUCCCUAUACCGGUCCCGCAGUCCCUGUGGGCGAUUGGGUCGAUCCUACGGUCAAUGGCAAUGGCAAGGGCUUCCCGCGUCUGGUCGAGCCUCCUGCGGUGAAACCCAAGUCGGCCAAUCCAAGCAAUAAUGUCAACGUUAUUUCAGUGUCGUAUUUGCCGCGUGGUAUGAACAUUCACUACCAGACCCCCUUUGGCUUGGGUGAGGCGCCUUCCGUUCGCUGGGGAAAGAAUCCUCACCACCUGGACAAGGUUGCCUAUGGGUCAACCCACACCUACGAUCGGACCCCUUCUUGCUCCGAAGUCAAGGCGGUCACCCAGUGCAGUCAAUUCUUCCACGAGGUCAGCCUCGAGAAGCUUGACGCUGGUAAGACUUACUACUACCAGAUCCCCGCCGCCAAUGGGACCACCGAGUCCGAAGUCUUGAGCUUCAAAACUGCCCAAAAGGCCGGAGACAAACAGCCAUUUACCGUAGCUGUGCUCAAUGAUAUGGGCUACACCAAUGCCCAGGGAACCCAUAAGCAUCUCAUGAAGGCGGCCGAGGAGGGAGCCGCUUUCGCCUGGCACGGCGGUGACAUCAGUUAUGCAGAUGAUUGGUACUCUGGUAUCUUGCCUUGUGCCGAUGACUGGCCCGUCUGCUACAAUGGCACCAGCACCGAGCUCCCAGGGGGCGGCGCCAUUCCCAAGGAGUACAAGACGCCACUCCCCGCUGGCGAGGUUGCCAACCAAGGAGGUCCCCAAGGAGGAGAUAUGAGUGUCCUGUACGAGUCCAACUGGGAUCUCUGGCAACAGUGGCUGAGCCCCGUCACGACCAAGAUUCCUUACAUGGUCAUGCCUGGAAAUCACGAGGCUGCCUGUGCCGAGUUCGAUGGUCCCGGCAAUACUUUGACUGCUUAUCUCAACCACGAUAUUUCCAACGGCACUGCUGCUAAAGCCAACCUCACCUAUUACAGCUGUCCUCCUUCUCAGAGAAAUUUCACUGCGUACCAGCACCGUUUCCAUAUGCCCGGAGACGAGACUGGUGGUGUUAGCAACUUCUGGUACUCCUUCGACUACGGCCUGGCCCAUUUUGUUUCUAUCGAUGGCGAGACCGAUUACGCCGACAGCCCCGAAUGGGCCUUCCAAGAAGAUGUCACCGGCGAUGAGAAGCUUCCUACCGCUUCUGAAACGUACAUUACCGACAGUGGCCCCUUCGGCCCCGUUGAUGGUAGUUUCAAGGACACCAGGUCGUACGCUCAGUACAAGUGGCUCAAGAACGAUCUGGCCUCUGUUGACCGUAAGAAGACACCCUGGGUGUUCGUCAUGAGCCACCGACCCAUGUACAGCUCCGCCUAUUCUUCCUAUGAGAAGCACAUUCGCGAUGCCUUUGAAGGUCUUUUGCUUGAGUACGGUGUUGAUGCUUAUUUCUCUGGUCACAUUCACUGGUAUGAGCGUAUGUGGCCUCUUGGUGCCAAUGGCACUAUUGAUCGCCAGUCCAUUAUCGACAAGAAUACCUACCGCGCCAACAACGGCAAGUCGGUCACCCAUGUUGUCAAUGGCAUGGCCGGAAACAUCGAAAGCCACAGCGUGCUCAGCAAGGGCCAAAGCCUGGCCAACAUCACCGCCCUCCUGGACACCACUCACUAUGGUUUCAGUAAGUUGACUGUCGUCAGUGAAACCGCUGCCAAGUGGGAGUUUAUCCGAGGCGAUGAUGGCUCCCUUGGGGAUUACCUGAUGCUUGUUAAGGAUGCCCCUGCUCACGGAGGCCAUGGCUCAAAGCCCGGACACCCUGGCGAGCCUCAAGGUUGCGCUGCUCCUAAUUAAAUAACAUUCAUGUCAGCGCAUUGGGCAGUAGAUCACCCUUUGUAAUAUAAACCCCAAGGUUCUCCGUUUAUUCAUGCCUGUUUAAUGUGUGAGGGUUAGCUUCUAAUUGUUGAUCAGCUAGUGGUCAUGAGAUUUUAAUAAAUGUAUCUAGAAUACAUCUCUUUACCUCCCACCUAUUAUGUAUGGGUGCACGUUUAGGAAUUUAUC